AUGACACAAUUAAAGCAGGACAGAAAAAAUGUUAAUACUUUUAAAAAUUUAUUAAAUAACUUUAAACAGUUCCUAGGUCAAGUGAAAAAUGAUGAUGAAAAUUUUCAAGAACCAGCUAUUAAAAAUCUAAAGCUUAAUGCGGAAGAAAAUCAUAUGAAGGUUAUGAAUAUACUAAAUUCGAUAGUUGGAGAGGAUUAUAAUUAUGAUGGAGUUAAGACACCAGGAAAAGCAUCGAAAAUGCUAGAGCCUGAUGACAUUCGACCUUUUAGUGCCCCGCCAUCCAACUUGAAGAUUGUAGAUGGCGAAGUAGACAAGCUCAAAAGGAACGAUGAUGAAAUUAUAUUAGAGACAGUGGUUUCUAAAAAAGAUGUUAAAAAUCUUUUUAUUCCUACAAAUAGGAAUUGGAAAAUAUACCACUCACUUCGCUAUAAUUGGGAUAUCAAGAAAAGAUAUCCAAAAUUUAAAAAUGGCAUCAUAAAUGAAAAUUUUUCCACUGAAAGGAUAAUUGGCGAUAGUAAUUGUCUUUUCAGAUGUAUAAGCAAAGAUAUUUGCGAGGAUAAAUGCCACUAUCACUUCCUAAGAUCGGAAUGUGUGCGCUUUAUGAAAAGUAAAGACAUGGCAGAGCAGAUGGAGGGGUUUCUGGGAGAACCCGUUGACGCGUACCUGUAGAGGACGGGCAUGGCUCAAAAUGCCGUUUAUGGUACAGAGGUGGAGAUAGUUGCAAUGGCAACUAUGCUCCAGACUAAUAUUUUAAUACAUACUAUUUAUAAAUGGGCAUACUAUAUGCCCAUUAAAAAAUUAAGUAAUAUUAAAAAAUUUAAUGUAAAUAUUUAUUUAAUAAAUCAUAGCGAACAUUUUGAUC